AUGUCAGACCUCAAUACCUCUGAGGUUAAGCUCUUUUUCUUGAUUGGGAUUCCAGGGUUGGAACAUAUCCACGUAUGGAUUUCUAUUCCUAUCUGCCUUGUGUAUUUGAUUGCCAUCCUAGGAAACUGCACUAUCUUGCUUGUGAUUAAGACAGAAACUUCUCUUCAUGAGCCCAUGUAUUAUUUCCUCUCUAUGUUGGCCAUCUCUGACCUGGGUCUUUCCCUCUCCUCCUUACCUACUAUGCUGAGAAUCUUCUUGUUCAAUGCACCAGGAAUCUCCCCUGAUGCCUGCUUUACUCAAGAAUUCUUCAUCCAUGGCUUCACUGUUAUGGAAUCAUCCGUGCUUCUGAUCAUGUCCUUUGAUCGUUUCAUAGCCAUUCACAACCCCCUGAGAUACAGCUCUAUCUUAACUACUGCUAGAAUUUCCAAAAUGGGAUUGGUCAUGGCAAUCAGGAGUUUCCUUUUAGUACUUCCAUUUCCUUUGACUCUAAAAAGACUAAGCUAUUGUCAUAAAAACCUCUUAUCCCACUCCUAUUGUCUCCAUCAAGAUGUAAUGAAGUUGGCAUGUUCUGACAACAGGGUCAAUGUUGUUUAUGGCUUCUUUGUUGCCCUCUGUACCAUGAUGGACCUGGCAUGCAUUGCUUUGUCCUAUUUACUAAUCCUAAAGACAGUUCUUGGCAUUGCCUCUGUCUCAGAGAGACUCAAAGCCUUCAACACCUGUGUCUCUCAUAUCUGUGCUGUGCUGAUCUUCUAUGUACCCAUCAUCACCCUAGCUGCUAUGCACCGCUUUGCCAAGCACAAAUCUCCACUUGUAGUGAUCCUUAUUGCCAACAUCUUCCUGCUGGUACCACCCCUGAUGAAUCCCAUUGUGUACUGUGUGAAAACUCGGCAGAUACGAGACAAGAUCCUAGGAAAAUUGUUUUCCAUAUGUGGUAAAUAA